AUGGAUCCAAGACUUGAACAAGCAGCUGAAUCUGGAAGCAUCGAUGAGCUGUACGCUCUUAUUGAUGAGAAUCCAUACAUACUUGAGAACUUUGAUGCAGUACCGUUUGUGACCACUCCCCUCCACGUAGCUGCAGCUUCGGGGAACAUAGAGUUUGCCAAGGAGAUGCUGAAUCUUAAGCCCUCUUUUGCCAGAAAGCUCAACACAAGCGGGUACACUCCACUGCAUGUUGCUGUAGAGAAGGAUCAAGAUGAAUUUGUCAACAGGAUGCUCUGGCUUGAUGGCGGUCUUGCCCGGGUUAAAGGGAGAAACGGAAUCACACCGUUUCUUCUACUAGUGUCAAGAGGAAACUUAGAACUUGUUACACCGUGCCUCCGUCAAUCCCCUGAAUGUAUCGAAGAUGAGAGCGUAGAUUUCCAGAAUGCUCUGCACCUUGCUGUGAUUAAUGAUAAAAUUGAAGUGCUCCAAGUCCUCACUGGAUGGAUCCAGAGAAUGAGCCAAAGAAAUGCUAACUCCAUUGAGAAUCGUGUUCUAAAUGGAUUGGAUCUUACCCACAACACGCCUUUGCACCUCGCUGCAUAUAAGAAUGAUCAUCAGAUGGUGAGACUGUUAUUAGAAUGUCGGUGGGUUCAGCGAAAUAAAGAAAAUGGUGAUAAUUUAACUUUCCUUGAUAUUUUAAGAGACCAAGGACAAAGCGACGCAGGUGGAGACUUAGGAAGUCAGGGACCGAGAGUCGUAGGAGAGGACUUGGAUUUGGAACAAGUUGUUGCAAAAACCAGGUGUAAAGAGAAGGCUUCCUUGCCAAGAUCCAAGGAAAGGUUUGAGAUUUCAAAAUCACCAUUCACUUUCUGGACUUACUGCUCCACUUUCAUGAGACGCCUAAGGAGUAACCCAUCAGAUGAAUCUCGUGGAGUGUUCCUGAUUGUAUGCACUUUGAUAAUAACAGCCACUUACCAGACUGCACUCCAGCCUCCAGGAGGUGUACACCAAUCCGAGGAUUCGAAUGCGGGUUCCGUGGUGAUGAAACAGACGUUCUUCAUCCUUCUUUGGGUUUCCAACACCGUAGGCUUCUGCUGCGCUAUACUCUACACCUUUUGUCUCAUACCACUUGAUAGUUUGUUUGCGACUUGGUUCUUUUGGAUUGGGACAACUCUGUGCAUUUCUUAUGCUCUAGCCAUGGCAGUAAUCUCACCGCACCCUCUAGUGUUUCUCUCCGCGACCUUUGCCUUCUUCCUGCUCGUUGCUCUUUAUUUCUUAUUUGAAAUGUUCACAUAUUGGCGGGAUCGUCGGUCCGAUUAA